AUGGACAGGGCAGAGAACCAGAAGCGCGAGCUGCCGAUAGACCGAGGAUGGUCGUGGGUUAUUUGUUUAGCCAGUUUUGUGUGUAUGUUCAUUAUGGGUACAUCGAUGCAGGCCGUCUCCGUGCUCUUCCUGGAGUUGGUUGUUGAGUUUCGCUCGUCGGUGACUAUAACCUCACUGACUGUGAUGUGUUUCAUUAUGGCUCUCAGUGUUUCAUCGGUCAUCUCAACAAGCGUUCUGAUCCCAAUCUUCGGCGAGCGGCCUGUAGUCAUUGUUUCAGGGUUCGUGUUUGCUGUGUUCUCUGUCGGCUACUUUCUGGCUCCCAACAUCAUCGUGUUCAUUGCUUUUGCUGCAGGAAAAGGAACGUGCAUGGGGAUGGUUUUCGUGCCCUGCGUUAGUUUACUCAGCUGCUACUUCAACAAACGCCGUUCCCUGGCAACCACCAUCUGCAACAGUGGCGUCUGUGUGGCCACCAUCGUGGCCCCGCCCAUCAUCCGUGCCCUCACAGCGGAGUUCGGGAUGAGGGGAACGUUUCUGAUACUCGGCGCUGUGGAACUUCACAUGAUUGCUGCGGGUCUGUUGAUGCGACCGGUCUCGUCGUACAGGUCUGCGCCUAAAGAAAACCCCGGCAUCUCGACUACUGCGAAACCAGAAGUGGCUGUGGCAAGCGAAACAUCGCACAUGAGAACAGCCAGUAUAACAUCAGAAACAGGCAAAAUUAUGGAAGAAGGCAGCCAUAUUUUAGCAACAUCGCUACCAGACGAACACAAUCUAAGUGAAAAUGUGCAGUACGACAAACCUUUCAACGAUUUUUCCAAUAAUGGACAUAUAGGCAAAAGUAAAACUCGAACCGUUAGUGUCAACGAGUUGGGAAAUGGUGACACCCGAGAACUUAUGGAGAUAGAAGGUUUGUUAGCGGAAGAAAAACUCCACUCUCAGAUUCAUAGGAAAGGGUCUAUUUCCAAGAAAGGUUCCUUGAGUCAACGAAGUGUUCGAGGGAGUCGCUGGAGCUUCAGACACACACCUGUAGGAAGUUUGCUGAGUCUUCCUAGCGGCGUAGAACCAGUUUUGACUAGUGGGGUUCUACAGGUGUCACCUCCUGCCGAGGUCAAGAGUCAAGGCUGGAAAUCAUGUUGCUGUAUUGUCAUCAUCAGACGUAUAUUUGAUCCUUAUCUAUUCAGCCAGUGGUCGUACAGGUGGCUGCUGAUCUCCUGUGUGCCAAGCGCCACCACUCAGUUCCUGUUCCAGUACAUCCCAACCAUUGCUGUCAUCAAAGGAGCCAGCAAAGACCAGGCGGCCACACUAGUGACCAUCAUCGGAUCGGUUGAUCUGGUCAGUCGUCUGGCUACUGGCGUCUUUGCUGAUACCCACUUGCUGAAGGCAACCCAGAUUGUAGCAAUCUCUCAGAUUUGUCAAGGAAUCCUGUGCCAGUUCAACUCGUUGUUUGACAGUUUUGAAAAGAUGAUCGCCAUGGUGGUUGUCAUGGGGCUGUUUAUAGGGACCCGACAGUCGCUGAUGGCCAUGACGCACAUUGAGAUCGUGGGCAUGUCCAAGAUGUCGCGAUGCCUGAGCAUCUCCGCAAUGGUAGCCACCGUCUCGGCUGCCAGCCAUAGCCCUAUGUUGAGUGCCAUCAUGGAAGCCACUGGUUCCUACAACAUUGUACUCCAUUAUGUGGGUGUGGCUUUGAUUGUCGGCGCGCUCCUGAUGCUAGUGGCUUCAUUCCUGGAUCAGCGAGAUAAAAAACAGGAAGCAAAAAAGGCAACAGCACACACGAAAUAA